GCGGGAAAAAAUGGGUGUGAAGCGUAUUUGUGGCCAUUGUGUGGCUCUGCUGGCGGCCUUUGCCCUCCUCAGCAUCGCCAUCCGGACGGCCGGGGUGGCGGCCACCCCAGAGGGUGACGUUGUUGAGCUCUGGGCACAGAAGUUUGGCGAUGAAUUGUGGGAACUUGGCCAGAAAAUGACGAAAUCACCGGAGAUUCAAGCGAAAUACAAAGCCUACAACGCUCGCGUAGAGCCGAAGGACGGCGAGAGUCUGAUCCAGUCGAUUGUGGAGAAUGUGGGCAGGAUGUUCAUCCGGAAGAUGGAUGCGGUCAAGUGCAUCUUGCACGUGGCUGAGGAAGUGUCUGAGCAGUUUGAGUUCAACGAGACGUAUCCGGGCAACUUCUCCUACUACUCCAGCAAGUACAGCAGCAUCUACGGCAAGGAGCGCGACGUGGAGCUGCCGGAGUCCAUUCAGAACAACGCCUUCAUGUACGAGGAGAUGUAUCUGGAUCAGGACACGCACUUCUACAACAUCUCAGUCAACACCACUCACAGUUCAGUGCACGUGCCAACAAAUGUAUACGAUCGAUCGAAUCGCGUGAUGGAAGCGCUGCAGUGGUCAGAGGCGCUGGACGAAGUGUUUGUGCAGAACUACAACUCGGAUCCUGCGCUGUCCUGGCAGUACUUCGGCUCCUACACAGGACUGCUCAGGCACUAUCCCGCCAUGGAGUGGGAGGGCGAGGAGGUGGACGUUUACGACUGCAGAAGACGCUCGUGGUACAUCGAGACGGCCACUUGCUCCAAGGACGUCGUCAUUCUCCUGGACAACUCGGGAUCGAUGACGGGCUUCAGGAACUACAUCGCACAGCUCACGGUCAAGAGUGUCCUCGACACCUUCAGCAACAAUGACUUCAUCAACAUCUACAACUACUCGAGCGAGAUUCAGGAACUCGUGCCGUGCUUCAAUGACAUGCUGGUCCAGGCGACUCCUGAGAACAUUGAAGUCUUCAAUGAUGCUGUCCAGGGAUUGGAGCCCGAAGGAUACGCCAAUGUCACGAAAGCCUUCAUUCGAGCCUUCAAACUCCUGGAGAAGUACCGAGAUAUCCGACGAUGCAAUGAGUCGACGACAGGAUGCAAUCAAGCGAUCAUGCUGAUCACCGACGGAGUUCCUGGCAAUCUCACAGAGGUGUUCAACCAGUGGAAUAGAGUACAAGUGAACAAUGAGACGAAGACUCCCGUCAGGAUAUUCACGUACCUUCUGGGAAAGGAAGUGACGAAAGUGAGAGAGAUUCAGUGGAUGGCGUGUCUCAACAGAGGCUACUAUUCGCACAUUCAGACGCUGGAUCAGGUGCAGGAGGAAGUCCUGAAGUAUGUCACAGUCAUAGCGACUCCUCUCGUCCUGCAAGGAGUGGAGCAUCCUCCAACAUGGACUCACGCUUUCGCGGACAAAGCCUACAAACAAGAAGACGACGACGUUCCUCCGAGACUCAUGAUAGCCGUGGGAGUGCCAGCCUAUGACCACGAAUAUGAUCCAAUUCGGAACGUCACGAGGAGUAUAAGUCUCUUGGGAGUGGCAGGAACAGAUGUUCCCAUUGAAGAUAUUGACAAACUCACGUUGCCUUACAAACUCGGGGUGAAUGGAUACUCUUUCAUCAUCAGUAACAAUGGUUACGUUCUCCUCCAUCCGGAUCUCAGGCCAACACACAAGGGUAUCCUUAAGCCAAACUACAAUAGCAUAGAUUUCACCGAAGUGGAGCAGUUCGAGGAUGAUCGCGAGGGAAGGGAUCCAGGAGAUGAUCUCCUGGAGCUCAGGGAGAGUCUAGUCAACACUGUGACGGGGAAAAUGGUGAAAAUCCCCGUGAGAUAUCACUAUGACAAGAUGCGCAGGGUGUCUCCGGAGGUGCAGGACUACUACUUCGCUCCGCUGGUCAACACUCCGUUCUCCCUUGGCCUGGCGCUGCCGCACGAUUACGGCAACACGUGGAUCAAGGUUGGCGACGAGAUCAAGAGGAAUCAGCACAUGGGCGUGAAUAUCUCGGAUUUCUUUGUCGGCGAGAACUGGAAAAUCCAUCCCGACUGGGUGUACUGCAAGUAUCACUAUCUGGAAGGGCACGAGUUCAAGACGCCCGAAGCGGAAUUGAGACACUUCCUGAAGAAGCUCUACGAUCCACAGUGGACGUGGUCGCAACAGUACGAACCUGAUGUUGGCUUUGACACCGCGGAUUCGACUGAACCAAACUGCGGCCGGAAGACACUCGAUGAUGAUGCAUAUUACUGCAAUCGCGAAUUGGUUCAAUUGCUGGUGUUCGAUGCCAAAGUCACAAACACUUCUUAUCGCGAAUGGCGCUUCGAGUCCGCGUCGGAGAAGGAGCUGAUUCAGCGUUACAACGCCACGCUGCGCUUCGUGGCCACCAUGAGUGGUCUCACGAGGUGGCAAUUCAUCUUCGGCGAGGUGGAAGUCGACACUGAUCGCGAGUUCGGCGACUACCACACGACGGCCAUCGAUGAGACGUGGUACAAGAGCGCCAUUCUGCAGCACAAGAUCGAUCCGCAGAGCUUCGUCUACUCCGUCCCGCACGCCAGCGAUCCGGCCGAAGAGGGAGAGCUCAAGGUGACGGCGUCUCAUGCCAUCUUCCCCAGGGAUGGCGGCCUGGAAGCGCCCGGCGCCGUCGUUGGCUUCCAGUUCUCGCAUCAACUCAUGUACGAACGCUUCAUGGAGCUGACUUCGAAGACCAACUGCAUUGACUGCAUGAAGAGUUGCGAAUCGGACGAGCAGGAUUGCUACGUGAUUGACAAUAACGGCUACGUGAUCCUUUCGGAGACGCAGAACGACACGGGGCGCUUCUUCGGGGAGUUGGAGGGAGCCGUGAUGGAGGCGAUGGUGGAAGCGGGCAUCUACAAGAGCAUCACCGUCUACGACUGGCAGGCGCUGUGCUUCGAGGAAGUCAUGGUGUCCAGCGACAGCCACUUCCUCAUCUCUCCCUUCAAGCUCCUCGUCCUGACCAUGGACUGGCUGUUCACGGAGUUCGUGCUGCAUCUGUCCAAGCUGCACAUGUGGCUGGUGGAGGGCGUUCCGCUGGACGACGUGUAUGAUGACUACGACACAGCCACGCUGCCCACGAAGAAGCUGCGCAAGGGCCAGAACCAGGAGGAGGAGGACUACUUCAAUCGCCCCAAGGAGAUCAAGUACGAGACGCACCACUACGCGUGUGACAAGCAGUCGCAGCUGUUCGUCCUGAACCAGAGCAUGUUCAUCCAGGGCAACGGCUUCUCAGGCGAGGGACCAAGGAACUGCUCCCGUCCCUACUACAUCAAGCGCAUCCCGCACUCCAAUCUCGUCCUCGUCGUGGUGAACACGAUGCACUCCAGCUGCUAUCGCUUCCUCACCGCCGAGCCGCAGGUCAUCGAGUACACGGUGGAGUUCCCCUGCCACAAGCUCGCGAUGAACUACCUGCCGCGCCGGCGUCUGGAGGAGUGCUUCACGGAACAUCCGGACGAGGAGGAGAUGACCUACUGCGGCUCCGCCGCCGACCACCUUCCGUCAAUUGUGGCAUUUGGCAUUGGCCUCCUCCUGAUCCUCUCCCUCCACUGAAAGCCUUCACUUUUAGACGACUUUUUCCGCAUUAGGGCCGGCACGCGUCCCUCCAGCACAGGGUACACGAGGAGGCAUUAGCGUGGUUUCUGGUUUUGGCCGCUUCUCUCUUCAGUGGGCGGGGCAAACGAGUGGGCGGAGCUCUGGCGUUUGAUUGAAAACCAGAAAAUACUCAUUUUAAUCCAUCCAUUAAAUGUUUUAAACGCAUUUCCACCAUUUUUAGGUACUCAAAUUGAAAGAAAAAAGAAUAAAGAAGCUUUCCUAGUCAUUUUUUCAUGUCCUUCACAGAUGCUCCGCCCAGUCUGUCUGACACAAAACCACCAACGACAGUUAAUGCCCAAGAUGGUGAACAUUAGAAUUGCGUAAACAAUGUGGUUGUAGCUGAUAUAUAUAUAUAUUUAAAAAGGUGUAACAGGAGAAAAAAAAAUGUAGCAAAAUCAAAUAUUUUCAGUGUAGAUAGAGUGAGAUUUUAUUCGUUUGUGUAAAAAGAAAAAAAUCAAAUUUGGGGGGCUUUUCAGGAAAUAUGGAUGUGAAAAGGCCAAAAAGAAGUCAAGUUUAGUUAUAAAAAAUUAAGUGUUAAAAAAUUUUCUAGAUAAAGAAGAAAGAUAUUAGACAAUCGAUUUUAUUUGUUGUUUCAUGUGGAAAUUAAUUUUUGCGAAAAGGAAAUUGUGGGAAAAUUUUUGAAAGAAAACUAUAAUGUAGUUUAAGAUAAAUAAGGAAAUCUUAUGAGAAACUCCCCAAAAUUGUGUACCUCAAAUAUUAGAAAAAACCUCCUGUUUUUUUUUCCUAAUAAAGACACACGACAAAAGAGAACACCAAGUCCUUGUAAAAUAGAAAGAAA